UAUUAAUGAGCAGAGGCAGCGUGGAGCUCUUUAAAGAGUGCCUCAGCCCUCCAGACGCAGCGACGCGAAGAGUUGGAGACGCAUCCAAGCGCGCAGGACGCACCGCCGGAGCUGAACGCAGACCGAACAGGCGGAAAACCUUCCCUCGGAGCUCUGGUUCUCUGGUUCUCUGGUUCUCCAGCCUCUGGACUUCCUCUGCAGCCAUCCGUCCCCUUUUCAGCGCGCAUUGUCUCCGGUAGACCGCUGAGGGAUUCAGUUUGUGGAAGUUCUUUUUUUAAGCAAAAAGUCAUGCAUCGGGGCAAAGUGCUCCUCCUCCUGCUGGUGGUCAUCCUUCACUCCCUGAGCGCAGAAGCCUAUAAGUGCAGGUGCACCAGAAAGGGACCAAAGAUCCGAUAUAAGGACGUGCAGAAGCUGGAGAUCAAACCCAAACAUCCCUUCUGCCAGGAGAAGAUGAUAUUCGUGACGAUGGAGAACGUGUCUCGGUUCAAGGGCCAGGAAUACUGUCUGCACCCCAACCUGCAGAGCACCAAGAACCUGGUCAAAUGGUUCCGCAUCUGGAAGGACAAGCACAGGGUGUAUGAAGCCUAAGUCCUCGGCUUUCCAGGAAACAAGGAUCAAGCGAGACGAAACCAGACGAGGACAUCACCAGAACUGUUCUAUGAAGAAGUGGUCUGCAGUGAAGCUGUUCUCCCUCUUCCUGAGACUUGUUGGGAACAUUGAAACGUAUCUGUAGUCUGUAUAUAAUCAGAUGGGCCUGUUUUAGUCCACUUAGUCACAUUACUCACGUCUCCAGCCUCCACAGCUGUGCGCGUGUCUGUCCGCUGUUACUUAGAGGAACGUCUCGGUUGCUUUACCUCUUAGGGUUCUGCCAACGUAAGGUUCUGUUGAAACGUGCACAGCUUGAUGUGAAAACGCAGAACUUUACAUGCAAAAGAGAUCAGGCGUGUGUCUGUCAACAUUUAGGAUCUGAUUAAAGGGGUGGAGCUUAAACAUCGUGAUAGAAUCAAUUAAUAAUCCUGUUAGAAGACUGCGUGUGUGUGUGUGUGUAUGUGUGUGUGUGUGUGUGUGUGUGUGUGUGUGUGUGUGUGUGUGUCUGCAGGUCAUAAGUAGAUUUUACAAAAUGGAAAAAAAAAAACAACAACAUUAGUGCCAUCCUGCAUGCAUGUGUGAGAGUUAAUGCAAAGUAUUGAUUCUAAAAUGUGUAAAGAGAGAAAUCAUGCUUGUUAUAUUCUUCUGUUAGUGUAAGAUUUGUGUAAUACUGCAUUAUUUCAUACAAGCUGUUUUUAUAACUAUUGGGUAGAAGCAGCUGUAGAUCCAUCAGGGUGUUUCUUUUAGUUCAGCCAUAGAUAGAAGCUCUUUUUUAAUCGCCAUCCUAUCUUUGUUACUGUUUUAUAUCAUUGGAAGAAGUAAAAUAAAUACAAAAUUCUUUAUUUUCUCUGAGACUCUCCAAAUGAAAUGUAAACCUGAGUUUGGGAUUAUUCAUAGACUGCUGCUGUAUCGAGUUUGGAAAGGUAUUCACACUUUUAUCACGUUACUGCUGCAAAUUGACAUAUAUUUCAUUUGUAGUUUAAUGUGAUAGACCAGGGAUUCCCAAACUUUUCAGCCUGUGACCCCUAAAAUAACAGUACCAGAGACCGGCGGCCUUAAUUUAGUGAAUGAGAUUUGUUUUUCACUUUUUUAGGGGCAAAUUAUGAGAAUAAAGUAGUAAAAUUACAAGAUUAAAGUGAUAUUUUUUGAAGAACACUUAAAAAGAAGUGCUCAAUCUUUUAGCACAUCAGCGUUAAAUCACGUUGGGAACCCCUGUGAUAGACCAACACACGAUUUCACCCUCUUCACAUUUUUGUUUGUAGAAAGAGUUGAAAACCUUGAAUCGUUUCCCUUCCUCUCCUCCGUUAUGCACUGCUUUGUGUUGGUCAGUCUCAUUUAAAGACACUGAAGUUUGAAAAGGCGUGAUGAAGUUUAUGUGGCUUAAUAAAAUAAAGCCCACCGCAUGGCAGCAUUUUACGGUGAUUAAAGAGCAACAGUGACGUCCUUUUUACGUGAAACUCAGCAGAACAAAUCAGGUUUCAGCAACACAGAAGAUAAUUUUUUAUGCUUAGUUUUUGCAUUCUGAUUUAUAACUUCUGUUCUUAUGCAAAACAACGUACACAUAUAUCAGAUACAACGUAGAUAUUUUUAUCUAGUUAGUUUUUUUCCUGCAUAGCUGUGCUGAAUACCAGUAAUUUUGUAAUUACUCUGUAUGGUUUCAUAUUUAUAACCCCACAAUGUUUUGUUGCCAUUAAAGAGAUUUCACACAGUG